GACCCCACUACAAAUUUUAGUCGCACUCUAGACUUCGCAGAGGAUAGACGAGUAACAAGUUACUAGAGUACUACGCCAUCGCAGUGGAUAUUUCGUCAUAACAACAUUGUGAUAGUGACAAAAUAAUUCAGGACGUGUAUAGUGGGUGCAUAACAUUUAUUAUAACAUUUUUACGCAUUAUAAACUACGCCGAAGACGGUUUUGUGAUUUGCUGUUUUUUGUGAAAUUAUGACAUUGUUCUCAAAAUUUGGAUAAUUCCCGAUAAGGAGUACAAUAUUGCCGCAAAUAUUUUCAACCACAGUGAAGAUCCGUGCGGGCCGGGCAUCGUCCGCCGCAACAUGGUCGCCGAGUUUAUACUGAGUCAGCAGCAGCUGAUGAGCGCGGGUGGCGCUGGUCUGGGCCCUUCGGUCUCCCCGGGCCGCAUCCCGCCUCCGCCACGCAAUCGUCUCUCCGUCUCUCCCCAUUUCCCCAUGGACGCCGGGCCCCCCUCUUCCGCUGGCAGUCCCGGAGACCCCAACGAUUAUGGCAACUUCGAUUUCAAUAAGAGGAAAGAUUUCUUCGGCCAGCGCAAGCAGAGAGAAUUCAUCCCUGACAACAAGAAAGAUGACGGCUACUGGGACCGCAGGCGGCGGAACAAUGAGGCCGCCAAGCGCUCGCGCGAAAAGCGCCGCUUCAACGACAUGGUGCUUGAGCAGCGCGUCGUCGAACUCUCCAAGGAAAACCACGUGCUGAAGGCGCAACUUGAUGCCAUUAAGGAAAAAUACGGGAUCUGCGGGGAGACGCUCAUCAGCAUCGAUCAAGUGUUGGCCACGUUGCCCACGUGCGACCAGGUUCUCUGCGUUACUAAGAGGAGCAAGCUUUCAGGCGGCGCUCUAUAUCCCCCGGCACCUCCCCCACCGCCCCCAAUACCCCCAACGUCGCCACCGUCUCCGCCGCCGCAGCGUGCCCCCGAACCUUACCAAGAGAGGCUCCCAGCGCCCGAAGCGUACUACCCCCACCCAGCACAUUAUGAACCUCCCGGUUCAGUUCUUAAUCUCUCCCGAUCUCGCCGCGCACCCUCGCCAUACGAGCUGUCCUCCCUCUCCGGCUCCGGAGACGAGACAGCCGAGCAGUACGCCCCGGAGAACAACUGUCUCCCUCUCAAACUGCGCCACAAGUCACACCUUGGCGACAAGGACGUCGCGAGCGCCCUCCUCUCCCUGCAGCACAUCAAGCAGGAGCCAGGCCCGCGCUCGUCCCCCUCCUGGGACGGGGAAGGGUCCAGCGACGAGAGGGAUUCCGGGAUCUCCCUGGGCGCGGAGUACAGACCUCCGCGCGUGGAUGAGCGGAUGGCGGAGGAGGAAGACGCGCACCUCAAGUCGGAGCUGGCGCGGCUCGCGACCGAGGUCGCGACGCUCAAGAACAUGAUGCACCAGAACAAAGCGCGCGCGCUGGAGCACUGAGCGGUCCCGCCGCGCCUGGCUUCGCCCCGCGCCUGCGCCUGGAAUGCGCAGCCGCGCCACGUGUCGCGCCGCCCGGCGAUCUGUUCGUACAAACUGUCUCACCCGCCCCUCCUCCGUAGUCGAAGUUACCACGUUGUAAAGAGAUGAAGAUAUAUAUUUGUAUGAUAUUGUGCAGCUGUACGCGGCUAAGUCGCAACGCCUAAUUGUAAUCCUUCCUAAUAGUGUAUCGGUGUACUGUAUGAUAUCUGUAGUAGGGUAAGGUUAGUCGUCUCGGUCGACGCGAUCGUGGACUCCCAUGUAUCGCGUUCGUGGACUCCCACGUAUCGCGCUUGUGGACUCCCCACGUAUCGCGAUCGUGGAGCGCCAAUGUAUCGCGAUCAUGGACUUCGCAUGUAUCGCGCUCGGGGAACCCCCGUAUAUCGCGACCGUGGACCCCCAUGUAUGAGACUCAUUCUUUCGGUUUAAAGACUUUUCGAGCAGAGAAAACUUAUCUACUCAGUGAUAGAUUUUAAAAAAGAUGCAUUUUUAGUGUUGAGCUAUGUGUAAUGUAUAUGUAAUAUUAUAUGUAAGCGCAGUAGAUCUGUUUCAUCUCUUCGAAGACUCGGUAGUGAAAAUCGAUGGCUAAAGACUAUUUCUCUUGUAAGUUAGUAUUAAGUUGAUCUAAGUUAAAAUUAAGUCCAACUUAGAUGUUUAUUUAUAAUGUUUAAUGUUUAGUCUUUCUCAUUCGGAAUGUUCCAAACCAAAAAAAAAAUGAGAUCGAUCAUCUAGCUGUCAGGAAAUCGCAAACCAAUUUUAAUAGUCAUAAUUUCCACUUAAAAUUAAUAUCUUUCAGAGUAUUAUCGGAUAAUCAGGAUAUAAGGAUACCAGUGCCUUUGACAAUACAUACCUACCUACCUUAAAUAGCUACCUUUAUAAAUAAUAUUUUUGUACAUUUGUUAGAAAAUCGAUUUCAAUGGUCUAUACCGUAAGUGGCCCCUACCACGUGUCCAUCUCAGCGAUAAAAUCGCGUCGAUAGUGAGUAUUAAAGUCGUUCUAAAAACUGAUUCGCAUGGCGUCUCACUCAUUUUAUUUCGCCUCGCGUCUCGUUUUCGAGUUGGACGCAUGGUUUGGGCUUGUAUGAAAUCCUAAGUAGGCUUGAUGGAAAGUAUUCGAUGUGUAUUGUAAGAUAUACUCCUAUUGCCCAAGGGGCGUGUGAUAGGGACGUUUCAAGGGAGUUUUAAGUAUUUAUUUAUUCGGACCGUGAAAGAGGAUUUUACAAUUUAUUAUCUUUGUAUAAGAAACACUAUACGAUAUAAAUAAAUUGUGUACAUUACAAAUAA